AUGAGCCGCCUUACAGACCGCCUUGGGUUUCCUACAGCUUUCCUAGACUCUGCGUGACAAUUCGAGGCUACAAUAUUCUGCGACCGUUGAUUGGUUAACGUGAAACUUUCUGACGCCUGAUUGGCUUACACUUCUGCAAAUCACCAACUAGCCGCAUUGACAAGGCGGAAGAAGAAAGCAAACAUGGCGGCGCCCGUCAGAAGUUUUGAUGCUAUCGAGGCUUCCCGGGGGAAGAAAGUGGCGAUUUCAAUCGCAUUGAUUACUGCCGUUUUGGGGCUUCCUUUGUGGUGGAAAACUACCGAAACGUACCGCGCCUCUCUGCCUUAUUCCGAUAUCAGAGGGCUGGAAACCUUACAGCUCCAUCUUACUGUGCCAAUUGAGAUAAUAUUUGGGAAAGCAACACUGACUGCAGAGCAACAAAGGAACGUUCCCUCAACUGGUUUAAAGGAGACAGAGACUGUACUAAAUGCUCAGACAAGUAUCACCCGUCACUAUGAGUUCAAGUAUAGAAGGACAAGCGUUGAUGAGGAGGAAGCACUUGGUCUGAAGAGUUUGCAAGAUGCUAAUAACGCUCUCCAGAAGCUGGGUGAAACAGCACAUGGUUCCAUUACUAUCUUCAUUUUACCAGAAUCUUCUGUUCUUCUACCCAAGGGAAUCAGAGUUUAUAUUGGAAAGCAUCGCAUCGCAUUAGUCAGGUGUGCCUUGAGUACAUCUUUGGGUUCUGAAGACAUCGCCAACACUGUCUACAAGAAAGUAGAGCAUGUCAUUCAAACCAUGUCAUUUACGGAUGAAGCAGUCACGGCAGCACUGUCUGAUAGGAUUCCCAUUGGCAAGUUCAGCAAAGAAGACUUUGAAAAUAGCAGGCGUGCAUUUAAGUCGAGUGCAGGGUAUGAAAUUACAUUCAGCUUGCUAAAUCCAGAUCCCAAAUCCCAUGACCUAAAUUGGAACAUAAGCUCAGCUUCAGACCAGUAUAUUCAGCCAUUUUUAGACAAGCUGCAAAACGUGGCUAACUUCUCCAUGGAUUCACAGACUUUAUAUUAUGCUAUGCUCGGGGUCACACCUCGCUUUGAGAAAUCAACAUCAAGCUACAUACUGAACUUGCACAACUUACCUCAUGUCAUUAACCCAGUGGAGGCUCGGCUAGGCUCCAGUGCUGCCUCUCUGUACCCAGUGCUGAACUUCUUACUAUACGUUCCCGAGUAUUCCCACUCUCCUCUUUACAUCCAGGAUAAAGAUGGCAGUAGAAUUCCUACAAAUGCGUUUCACAGCCCCCGUUGGGGAGGGAUCAUGAUAUAUAAUGUUGAUUAUGGAAACCUUGGAGAGCUGCAGUUCCCGGUACACAUUGAUAUUGACAUGGUGCGAGUGAUGGAGGUUUUCCUGACACAACUGCGAUUACUAUUAGGUAUUACAAAGGCCGCUGUGCCAGAGGACUACCAGCUUGAAAGCCCAGGAAACGAGGGUCUGACUGACUGGGAAUUAGACAGUCUCCUUUGGUCUAGAGUGGUAGAAAAUAUUGCUACAGUAACUACCACAUUAACCUCUUUGGCUCAGCUGCUCGAUCAGAUUGGCAACAUAGUAAUAAAUGAUAUUGUUGCUUCUGAGGUGUAUCACGCAGUGUCCUCGGUUCAGACUGCCUUGUCUGAGCUAGAAGCAGGUCGGCUAGAGUCGGCAUUUCAAGCAAGCAAGGAGGCAAUCAGCUCUUCUGAGAAGGCAUUUUUUGACCCCUCUCUCCUUCAUCUCUUGUACUUUCCAGAUGAUCAAAAAUUUGCCAUUUACAUUCCUUUAUUCUUGCCCAUGGCUGUUCCCAUUUUUUUGUCUCUCAUAAAGAUUGCCAAGGAAUACAAGCAAAGCAAAAAGGAGCCCUUAAAAACUGAAUGAAGAUUUUACCAUUACUACCCUAUGACUUCUAGGAAGAGAACACUAUUGCCUGUGUUAAUUUUUUAGUUUCAGUAAUGUCUGGCUGUUUUACAACAUUGUGGAAGUUGUACUGCAGCUCUUCUUAAAGCAGUAGACACUCUUGAGGGGAUUCUUCUGAUACAAAAGUAGAUUUUGUUUUUUUUUCCCUGCAACACGUCGCUGCUUGUGAGAAUAUUAAUGCCAUUGCAUGUUAAUUUAUCCUGCAUGCAGUUCACCUGUACCACCACCUAAACUGGUCACUCCAGGUCCAGACUGGAAAUCUGUGGAUUCUGACAAAUGCCAGAGGGGCUGCUUUAAGAUGCAUUUAAGAUGGGUGUACUGGAAAUGCCAGGGCCUAUUUUGACUCCCAGUCCAGACCCGAGUCACUUAUUUCUACUUAAUCCCACAGAGAGGCUUAAAAACAAACAACAUAAUCUCAGGGAACCAAGGCCUCUUACUGCAUUUACGAUAUAUGUGUAUAUUUGUGCAUUUAUUUAUUAUAUGUCUACUUGAACUACUUGUUCAACUUGUACAAUAAGUUUGCCUUUGGGUAAAGUCUUGUUCUGGAAAUCAUAGCUGAGCCUGCCUUAGUUACCCUUAGAGUAAUGUCCCAUGGUGUGAUUAGUCACCCGCGAUAGAUCUCUGCUACCGCGGGCGAAGUCAUGAAAAUUUCCCCCUUUGUGCGACUUUGGAAAACCAAAGCAAUGUGUAGGCCUUUCCACCAGCGAUUCCCUUUGUUGCUGGUGGAAAGGCAUUUUGGGCGACUAAUCUCUCUGUGAGACAUUACCCUUAACCUUUAUAUCUCCUGUUAUAUUUAAAAUGUUUGUAAAUAGUGUAUUCCACAAACAGAUUUUUUUUCCAGGUAAAUAUUUGGCUAUGGGCAGAAUAAAAAAGGGUUUUUAAAGCCAGCACCACAACCAAGCCAGUAAACCCCGGUAACUGGAAAAAUGAACUAUUAUGAAUGCACAGAGGCAGGCUGAGAAGUGAAUUUGUGUUUCUAAACUGGCAGAGCCCAGGCUGGGUCAUAAAAUAAACAUGGUUAGCAAAACUUCUAUUGUUUAUAUAUGGAAAUAUUUUCAGACUAAAUUGAGCUUUCUGUGGCAGUACUUAUAGACAGGACUAGUCUGGCAAAUGCUGUAAGAGGCCAUAGACUGUCACUAUUCAUUGGGCCACUAUACUUUAAAUCCAAGGGCUAAUUUUGUAUUUCAGUUUGAAGGUGCUUAUAGGUUUUGUCCUGUUCUUUAAAUAAUCAUAUUUUUCUUCAAGGUUUCCCUGAAAGCCCACAAUGUUCUGGCAAAGUGAGGGUUGUCCCCAAAAACGUAAUAAUUGUCACUUUCUGUGGCUGUUAAUAAAUGGGUUAAACACCCUGUGCAUCACAUGUGUGACGCUAGCUUCCAGUAUUCUUGCACACAUCGAUACCAGGCCGAGCAUAUUGAGACUUUAUGCACUACAUGGAACUUUGUGGAGAUAUGCAAGCACUAUACAUGCUGCACUUCCAGAGUGUUCAGCCCCAAUUCUCUGUAUUAAGUUUCAAAUUCAAUUCAAAGGUGUUAAUUUCAAGUGUUAGCCUGAGGACCUGAUUGUGGUUGGUGGGGUUUAAUAGAGCAAAUAGGCAAAUACAUUGUUUACAUAAAGGAGUCCUAUUCCAUGAGAGUGGUGUUGUGUGGCACCUCAGUGCUGUGAAAAAGAAGUAUAAAGAAGUGGGAAUUAUAUUUUCUUUAGCGCAGGAGAAAGCAAAAUUGCAACCAUUUUUGUUGUUGUAAAUAUAGGGUAUCAUGGAGUGGAGUAACACCAUUAAAACAUUUAGAAAGGAAAAUAAAACAGAAGCGUUCAGGAUGUUAUGUGCAGGAAUGGGAGAGAUUUAUGGAUUAAGGUUGUGGGCUGAGGUAACUGGAGAUGGUUUGGGGCCCAUAGUGUUUGAGCUGUGAGGCUACACUAUUGCACCCAGGGACUAUGGGACUCUAGUUAUUGGCGCAUUAUGUAGAGACAAGCCCAAGAAUUACAGUUUUCCCUGUGUUUUUCUAAAAAAUUAGGUUUUUUACAGCUCUUCAAUUCAUGUCCUCGUGAUUAUUUGAUCAGUGACUCGCCCAGAUUAUAACUUGGAAUAUGGAUGAUUAAAGCAUAUUGAUUUGUUAAUAUGGGUCCAAACCGCAGUUUUUGAAGGAUAGCACUGAAUUGUGGAGCUGAAACGGGAUGAGGCUUAAUCAAUGUGAAUUGGAUACUGAGUAGACCAGGGCUUGGCUGGUUAAACUGAGCCUUACAGGUUGUUUGUUUUUUUUUUCUUUUUUUUUUAAACCUAGCAUGUGUAGUUGCUAGUAGUGAUAAGUGAACCACAAGGAAACCAAGCCAACCCUCACCUUUUUAGAAUUCAUAGUGUGCAGACAUUUCUUUGACCUGAACUUGCCACAGACAUCAAAGAGGGCCGGCAGGGUGGUGCAAAAAAGGUUAACCACUAAUGGGGAAGCGUUGGUUCCAAGUCUGGACCCUCAGUAAGGCCUUGCAAGCAUUUCUGUUUUUUGGGCAGUAAUUCUAGUACCUGCUAUCCUCAGCUGCUGUGCCUCUGGAGAAUGUACUGUUUGAUGAGUACCUUAUUAUAAAUUUACCUGCUUUAGUGUAGUUCUGUGACAAAUUUCUUGGGCUUGUGGGUGCCCAGCAAAGAGAUAUUUGCCCUGGGCCCACUGGUACCUAAAAGUGGCCCUGACUUUAAAGGGGAAAUCCGGCUUCCAAAGCAAAAUCUGUUAAAGAACCCCACACAACACAGAAACACCUAAUAUACCUAUCACUGUAAU